CCACGAGGAAAGUUCUUUCGUGCCGAUCGGGUCAAUGCAUGAUCGGGCGGAUGACGCCAGGACUCGCUCGGUAGCCGGUCUCGUUCGUCCUUAUCAUCCCAACCAAUCAUCGACACCUUGCCUUUCACUGGACGGCUGAGUUUUCAACGCUUUCUUUUCCCUGUCCUCACUCGCUUUUGCCCCCUUUCGUCCUCUCCGUCAAACCCAGCGAUACCCAUAAACGAAGACGAGCGAGAAAGCCUUCCAAAGUGUUUCUCCGAGCACCCACAGAGGAAAUCUCUCCUACCCGGCAGACGAAUUUCCCGAGCGGAAGGCAAAAGAAGGCCCCCGGCCACCAUGUGCUGCUGCUGCUGCGACGACGAGAGCUGCGAAUGCCGGCCCCUCGGGUUCCUCCUGGGCCUCCCCUUCGCGUUCCUCGCGCUCAUCCUGUCCCUAGUCGGCAUCGUUAUUUGGAUCAUCGGGCUGCCCUUGUCGUGCAUAUGCCCGUGUUGCUUCUGCAUCACGGUGCUGGUCGAGUUCGCUCUGGGGCUGAUCAAGGCUCCUAUUCGGGUCAUGAAGUGGUUCACCUCCCAGAUCCCUUGUUGAUACAUAAUAUAUAUGAUCUUGAGCCAUGUCACUGUCGUUGUCGUACAUUCGAGUUCUCUGCUUGAGAAGACUGAUAGUUAAUUGAUUCAUUCGUGCGAAUUUUCAGUUCAUACAUCACUUUGCCACACUUAUGUUUUGUUUGCUAGAUCUUUUCUUUUUCCUCGUUUGUAGAUCAUUUUCUGUAUGAUGAUCUUAUCAGUUGCAGUAAUCCUUUGGAGGGUUCCUUUUUUUCUUCAA